AUAUAAGAAACACUCGAUUCACAUUCUACUCUCCAUCAUCUUGUCUACCAAUUAUUCUCUGAUCGCAGUCCCGUCUCUCUUGAUCUAGAACUAAACUUCAUUACAUACCCGCGCUCAAAAUGUGUCCCGGCGCAGACCACACGGCCAAUGGGCACACCAAUGGCAAUGGCACCGUCGAUGCCAACGGAAAUGUGAACCACGACGGCUUCACCGCCAUCCAGACUCGUCAGAACCCUCACCCCACGUCGAGGAAUCCCUACGGCCACAACGCCGGAGUUACCGAUUUCUUGAGCAAUGUCUCCCGCUUUAAGAUCAUUGAGAGCACAUUGCGAGAGGGCGAACAAUUCGCCAAUGCCUUUUUUGAUACCGAGAAGAAGAUUGAGAUUGCCAAGGCCCUUGAUGAAUUUGGUGUUGACUAUAUCGAACUCACCAGCCCAUGUGCCUCUGAGCAAUCGAGGUUGGACUGCGAGGCUAUUUGCAAGCUGGGACUUAAGGCCAAGAUUUUGACACACAUUCGUUGCCAUAUGGACGAUGCCCGAGUAGCUGUCGAGACCGGUGUUGACGGUGUCGAUGUCGUCAUUGGCACAAGCUCUUAUCUCCGUGAACACUCUCAUGGCAAGGAUAUUACCUAUAUCACCAACACUGCCAUUGAGGUUAUCAACUUUGUCAAGUCCAAGGGUAUUGAGGUUCGAUUUUCCAGCGAAGACUCAUUCCGUUCAGAUCUUGUUGAUCUCUUGUCAAUUUACUCCGCUGUUGACCAAGUUGGUGUCCACCGAGUUGGUAUCGCCGAUACUGUUGGCUGUGCUUCUCCUCGUCAAGUCUAUGAGCUUGUCCGUGUUCUCCGAGGUGUCGUUCACUGUGACAUUGAGACCCAUUUCCACAACGAUACUGGCUGCGCUAUUGCAAAUGCUUUCUGCGCUUUGGAAGCCGGUGCCACGCACAUCGAUACUUCAGUUCUUGGUAUCGGUGAACGCAAUGGCAUCACCCCUCUGGGUGGUUUGAUGGCCAGAAUGAUGGUUCAGGCCCCUGAAUAUGUCAAGUCCAAGUACCGCUUGGAGAAGUUGAAGGAUUUGGAGGACUUGGUCGCUGAAUCCGUUCAAGUCAACAUCCCCUUCAACAACUACAUCACUGGUUUCUGCGCUUUCACUCACAAGGCCGGUAUCCACGCCAAGGCUAUCCUCAACAACCCCAGCACCUACGAAAUCAUCAACCCCGCUGACUUCGGCAUGACUCGUUAUGUGCACUUCGCUUCUCGUCUCACUGGAUGGAACGCUAUCAAGUCCCGUGCUCAACAACUCAACAUCCAGAUGACUGAUGCUCAAUACAAGGAAUGUACCGCCAAGAUCAAGGCUCUUGCCGACAUCCGCCCCAUCGCCGUUGACGAUGCUGACAGCAUUAUCCGCGCAUUCCACCACAACAUCAAGCUCGGUACUGAUAAGCCACUGAUGGAGCUGAACGAAGAGGAGAGGGCCCAAUUCGCACAGAAGGAAAAGGAAAUCGCUCAAGCCCAGGCCAACGGUGAAAACAUCGGUGCCUAAGUAAACUUGCAUUUAGACAAAAGAAAAGACGGCAGUCGAUCUUUAAACGGCUCUUAUCUGUUAAUUUAUACGAUGUGAAUGGUUCUCUUAUUUUGCGCUCUGGCGUUUUUGGUCUUGUCUUUGCAAAUGGAUUAUCCACAAUCCUCCUACACUUCAUUUGACAGAGAAGUUGAAGAAAGUUCAAAAAAGGGAAACUUAAAAGGGUUUCGGCGUUCAAAAAGUGUGGUGGCCGCCUGUAUAUAAGGGCUUGCACGACAAUCUUCGACAUGACUAGAUGUACUUGAAGAAAAGCAUAUUGUUUCCUC